CCAGCAUGGCCGCCAGGAUGGCCCAGUACCAAUCCCAGUAUCAACUGGGAUCCUCCCAGUACGGAACCGGUUCAAACCAGUACGGAACCAGUACAAACCAGUAUAACACCAGUACAAACCAGUACGGCUCAAACCAGUACGGAACCGGUUCAAACCAGUACGGAACCGGUUCAAACCAGUACGGAACCGGUUCUAACCAGUACGGAACCGGUUCUAACCAGUACUACCAGUACGCCCAGUACGCCCAGUUGGCUUCCCAGUAUUCCCAGUAUUCCCAGUAUGGAUCUGAUGGUUCCCAGUAUAGCUCGGACGGUUCCCAGUACGCCCAGUACGCGGCCAGCGCCGCCCAGUACGCGGCCAGCGGCGCCGGGGCCGUGGCUACCGCGGCGGCCGCCGUGGCUACCACGGGAGGGGGCGUGGCCAGCGCCGGAAGUGACCCCGCCCAGUACGCGGCGCAAACUGGGAACCAGUAUCAAACUGGGAAUGGGGGAGGGGCGCAGGAGGGCGGGGCGCAGGAGGGGGCGUGGUCAGCGGCAACGGGAGGGGGAGGGGCCGGGGGAGGAGGGGGCGGGGUCAGUUGGGGGAAUUGGGUCAGCCCCGCCCAGUGAGGAACUGGUUAAACUGGGAUUAACUGGGAUUGAACUGGGAUUGAAAUUUGGGGGUUUGGACCCAAAAUUUGGGGAAUUUUUGGGGUUUUGACCCAAAAUUUGGGGGUUUUGACCCAAAAUUUGGGGUUUUGGACCCAAAAUUUAAGGAAUUUUUUGGGUUUUCACCCAAAAUUUGAAGGUUUGGAGGUCCCAGUUCCGAACUGGGAGCAGUUGGUCCUAAACUGGGAGGUUUUGACCCAAAAUUUUAGGAAAUUUGGAAGUUUUGACCCAAAAAUUGGAGGUUUUGACCCAAAAUUUGGAGUUUUGACCCAAAAUUGGAGGAAUUUUUUGGGUUUUGACCCAAAAUUUGGGAGUUUGGAGGUUCCAGUCUCAAACUGGGAGGUCUUGAGUUCAAACUGGGAGGGUUUUGACCCAAAAUUUGAGGAUUUUAACCCAAAAUUUUGAAGUUUGACCCAAAAUUUGAAGGUUUUGACCCAAAAUUUGAGGUUCUUGACCCAAAAUUUGGAUUUUUUGACCCAAAAUUUGAAAGUUUGAGACAAAAUUUGGAGAUUCUUUUA